AUGUUGCUGGUGACUAAUAGCGAUAAUAAUGUUUCUUAUUUCCCACUGUUAGAUCAAUCAAUGACCAAGAGCAAGAAGUGUGGGGUAUCAACGCUAUUUUAUGAGAAAAAUUCGGUGAAAGGGUAUGGGGUAGUAUUAGUCAGAAAUGAGGGUGCCACUUCGGGUUACAGAGUGGCAGUAGUUUAA